CGUAACGUGACCUGUCACUCUCAAGCUGGGUCGGAUCUACUGAACCGAUAGCUGACUGAUUGGUGAGAGCUGGUCAAGCCCGCACCCGCCGCUUAUAACACCUCGCGAUCCCCGGCAUUCCUUCGUCAGCGUCGUUCUCGUUACUUUCGCCCUCCUCCCUCGGUCGCUCACCCACGAUAGUGCUCACUGCCAUUGUUGGCUGCUUGCACAUCCGACACACUGGCAAACCAUACUUGCGAAGGUCUCAAUCAAAGUCGCCCCGGACUACCUACCUACAUGUGCAGUCGAAAUAGUACAUUCUCAACCUACAUACAAGGACCGCUUGCCAGACCGAUAUGGCACAGGCCGCCCUCGAAGACACCAUGAACUCUGAUCUCGACACUUCAGUCGCUCUUAUCGUCGCCCGCAAUGACGCCCGCAACGACGCCCCAUGGACUACUCUAGCUCGUCGCAACGACGGCCAUGACGAAGAUAACCUCAGUCGAGCUUCAUCUUCAGCUACUACGUCAGUAGGGUCUUCCCCUACUGCUGUAUUCAGCUUUCGCGAGCCCUCGAUCGUCACCAAGCCUACAUCGUACGGUACAGGGUACCCGACACACGAUUACAAAGGUGAAGGCAAGGCGGACACAACGUACGCAACAUCGCUCUCGGCAAAACAUGGUUCAGGAUCAGAGGCAGAGGUCGAGCAUGACGACGCGCUUUGCACCGCACUUCUCGGUGCAGGAGCAUGGUCGUCUGGUCAUCAAGCCGAAGAGCAAUGUCUCCGGAGGCACGAGAAUUCAAAAGUCAGAUUGUCGAAGGUUCUUCCUCACCGCCUCAAGAAACUUCCGCUCGUUCUCCAUCAGUUCAAUCGGGACGAAGCUUCUGCUAGCCAAGAAGCCGGACCUCGCGCCAAUGCUGCAUUCACGCGGAUCGAAGAAGGUACGUUGCUCUCCACUUCAGAUGUUCUCUCCAAAGCCUUACAGUUCGCUAGGUCCUAAGUGUCUUCUCUAUCGCGUACCUCGACAACACUAUGUCGUGCUUGGAAU